AUGUCGGCAACGCAAUCUUCAGGUCGCAAGACCCGCGAUGAAGAAAUCGAUGAAAGUACGCCGUUGCUCAUAGAAGAGCGAGGCUUAAUCACCCUCGAUCCGGACGACGACAUUGAGGACUCUCAAAUUAUCGAUUUUGAGGAUGGGGACGCUGAACAUCCCUACAAUUGGCCUCGCUGGCAAACCCUGUCCAAUUGCCUCCUCAUCAGUGGCAUGACAUUUUUGACUGCGCUUGCAUCUUCCAUAAUCGCACCGGGCGUUCCUCAAAUCAUGGCCGAAUUCCAAAUCGACAACCUUCAACUCGCCAGCUUUGUGGUCUCCGUUUACAUUCUGGGAUUUGCUGCUGGUCCAUUGGUUAUUGCGCCAUUGUCCGAAAUUUAUGGUCGAGUGCCUGUUUAUCACAUCUGCAAUGUCGGAUUUACUGGCUUCGCUGUUGCAUGCGCACUUGCACCCACUAUGCAUUCCCUUAUUGUUUUUAGAUUUCUCAAUGGCCUCUUCGGAUCCUGCCCCGCGACUAUCGGUGGAGGCUCAAUCACAGAUAUGAUUCCUCAAGAAAAGAGGGCCAAGGUCAUGGCUGGCUACAGCAUUGGUGCACUUUUUGCGCCCAUUUUGGGCCCAAUGGUGGGUGGCCUUCUUGCGCAUGUCCUUGGGUGGCGCUGGGACUUCUGGCUGCUGGCCAUUUCGGGUGCCAUUUUCUCCGUGUUGCAGAUAUUCAUCCUAAGGGAGACAUACUGCACGGUGAUACUUGCCCGUAAGGUUGCAGCUAUGCGCAAGGUUACAGGAAAAAUGGAUUUGCGAUCAAAGCUCGAUGCUGGUCUGUCACCGCUGGCGUACUUCGUAACUAACAUCGUGCGCCCGAUGAAAAUGCUUACCUCGUCGCCCAUCGUCAUCAUCACAUCGAUCUUCAUUGCAAUUACCUACGGAUACAUGUACGUUCUCUUUACUUCCAUUACGGAAGUAUUUCAGGAGUACUAUGGCUUCAACACCAGCAGUGUCGGUAUCUGCUUCCUGGGGUUGGGCCUAGGCUCCUUUCUCGGCGUCGGCGUAUUCAGCGCAGUCUCAGACAGAAUUCUGAAAGCUAAAGCCGCUGCCGCCAUGUCCUCCGAUUGUGAGGCGGCCACUUCUGCAAAUAAUAGCUCAGAAUUUACGGAAGCGGUCCUUAAACCUGAAUUCCGUCUGCCUCCCCUUCCGUUUGCUGUACUUUGCUUGAUAUUUGGGCUCCUAGUCUACGGCUGGACCGUCGAACUGCGUUUGCACUGGAGUAUACCCGUUAUCGGCACUGUCUUCAUCGGAUGUGGGCAACUACUGUUGUACAUGGUGCUUCAGAUGUAUCUCAUUGACUCUUUUGCCAUUCACGCUGCUUCAGCUGUCGCAGCUCUCACAGCGGUGCGCUCGGUGGCCGGCGCAUUCUUGCCGCUAAUUGGCCUCAGUUUGUACGACGAAUUUGGAGUGGGUUGGGGCAAUACCCUUUUGGCAGCCGUUUGCAUCCCACUUUUGGUAGUGAGUCUUGCACUGUUGCGUUGGGGGGAGUUGUUGAGGGAGCGUUCGAUGCUCAAGGGUUUGUAA